UAUAUUUGCCACGGCGAGUGCAUUCCCUCCCAUUCAAGAUAAAAAAAACCUAUUUGACUAGUAAAUCAUUUGGAAACAAAAAUUCCAUUUGCGGGGAGAAAUGAUCAGAUUCUGCAGAAAUCUAGCAAACCCAUCUCCAUAUUCUCCUUUGAUUCUUCUUCUUCUUCUUGUUCCUCUUCUUCUUCUUCUUCCUCUUCCCUUUUUACUUCUCUGCUCCAACUUCAACGUAGUGGAAAACUUUGAAUCUCUCACUCAGCUGCCUCUGAUUUUUCAAUCCUUUGAGAAAUGGAUCAGCCCCAAUUGGGUUGUCUCAAUCGAUGAUUAUGGAGCAAAAGGCAAUGGUGUCAAUGACGACACGAAGGCCUUUAUGGAUGCAUGGGAGGCAGUUUGUUCUUGCUCUUCUCGGUCAGUUCUUGAAAUUCCAGCUGGGAAAAUAUAUUUGGUUGGGCCUAUCGAUUUUGGCGGACCUUGUCAAUCUAAGGUGACUUUGGUGGUUUCUGGUACUGUCGUUGCUCCUAAGAAUCCUGAAAUUUGGGAUGGGUUGAAUCCACGUAAAUGGCUCUAUUUCCAUGGGGUGGAUCAUCUUACUGUUGGAGGAGGAGGGAAUAUCAAUGGCAUGGGGGAGAAAUGGUGGGCUCGGUCAUGCAAGAUCAAUACAACGAAUCCAUGCCGUCAUGCUCCCACGGCUGUGACUUUUCAUAGAUGCAGUAACUUGAAAGUCAGGAAGCUGAUGAUACUGAACAGUCAACAGGUGCAUAUUGCAUUCACUAACUGUUAUAAGGUCAAGGUAUCUCAUCUGAAAAUCAUUGCACCUGUUGAUAGCCCCAACACUGACGCAAUCCAUAUAAGUGCAUCCAAACGCGUAGAGGUCAGGGACAGCAUAAUUGAAACAGGAGACGACUGCAUCUCUAUAGUCAGCAAUACUUCAGCUGUCCGAAUAAAAAACAUUGCCUGCGGACCUGGCCAUGGUAUAAGCAUUGGAAGUUUGGGCAAGCACCAUUCAUGCGAUGAGGUGCAAGAUGUACUAGUUGAUGGAGCCUUUCUUUCCAACACAGAAAAUGGAGUGAGGAUCAAAACAUGGCAGGGAGGCAGUGGUUUUGUCAGGGAUAUUGAUUUCCGGAAUGUGUGGAUGAACAAUGUUUCAAACCCAAUAAUAAUCGAUCAAUAUUACUGCGACUCACAGAUACCAUGUCCAAACCAGACACUGUCAGUCAAGGUUGAGAGAGUGUCUUUCAGAGGAAUCAGUGGAACAUCAGCAACGGAAGAAGCAAUAUUUCUCGCUUGCAGUGAUAGCUUUCCAUGCGAGAAAAUACUCCUAAACAAUAUUCAGCUAUUCUACGUGGGAGGCAAUACAAGCUCUUAUUGUUGGAAGGCCUCAGGCACCAGUUUUGGCCCGGUAUACCCACAUCCUUGUUUUUCUUGCGACGAACACUUCAUCAAAUACAAAGUCCUUUCCAGCACAGCCCAUUGUUCCAUUUCAUGAUGGAUUAUUAUCUUUUGCAUUCAUAUUAUAGGGACACAAGCCCAUCAUCACGUCCGUUGAAUGUAAUGAGUUUGUAUAGUUUAUGUUGGAUCAUUUGUUCCAAUUUCUUUGUGAUCAAAUAAAGCCAAUCAUAUUAAAAGAAGGAAAGCUGUGACUGGGUCCAAGUCGAGAAUGCAUGCAGAUGCUCUAACUGGUAACUACAGCUUGAAGACAUGAUCUUCCUUUGUAAUUAGGCUAAUUAUCUUGAGACUUUCUACCUUUGUAAUUUUUUCAGUUCGCAAUUGUCUUUGGUAGCAAAGGAGUUUCGUGUGCA